AUGGCAUCCAACAACGAUGCCAAGAAGAAAACUAAGAAAAAAAAAUACGCUGAUUAUGAAGAUCUCGAAGAUGAAAUUCUCGUAUCAGACAUGCCCAUGGACUAUGAGAGGGAAAAGGUAAUAACUGUUUCAUUCCAAUCUGUUAAAGAUCCUUUUCUUACAAAACUUUUUGAAGAUGAAUCUGAGUUUUUUGGUGAAAAAGAUGAGUAUGUAGAUGAUUUAGUUCAUCUAGAAGAUGACGAGAAUGACAUUCUUGGUUCCAAUUCUGUCCAUGAUCCCACCAUAGAGUGGAAUCUCAUGGAACCAAAGGUUGGAGAGAAAUAUCAAAAUUUUUCUCAAUUGAAAAAUUGUCUUAUUAACUACGCUGUGGCCCAUGGGUAUCCCCUAAGGUUUGAGAAACUUGAAAGUACUAGGUUAGUAGCUAGAUGUGGUAGAGAUACAGACAAAAAAAAAUGUGAUUUUCGUUUGUAUGCAUCAUGGAUGAACACAGAAAGAACAGUCCAAGUAAAGUCAAUGAAAAAGAAGCACUCGUGUUCAAGAAAGUUUACUUUUGGACACCUUGUAUCCCCUCAAUGGAUUGCUUCUCAUCUUGUGAAGGAGAUUGUUUUCAACCUAUCUAUUAAACUUAAAGAACCGAGGGAACUCAUUAGGACAAAAUUCAAGAUCACUCUAUCUCUCAGUAAAUGUAACAGGGCUAAACAUAAGGCAAUGGUGAUGAUUGAAGGGAAGGCUAGUGAUCAUUAUGCUAGAAUUUGGGACUAUGCUGCAGAAAUACAAAGAUCCAACCCUGGUAGUACUGUGCAAGUGGGUGUAAACCUUAAUCCUGAUGGAAAACAUUACUUCCAUAGAUUCUAUGUAUGCUUUCAUGCAUUGAAAACAGGAUGGAUUGCUGGAUGUAGGAGAGUCAUAGGAUUAGAUGGGUGUUUUUUGAAAGGGCAAGCUGUGGUAGACAUUGAGAACAAGCAAAACUGGAAAUGGUUCUUGGAGCUUCUUAGUGAGGAUGUUGGAGUACAAGAAGGUGGAGGUCUUACAGUUAUAUCAGACCAGCAUAAGGGACUACUUGAAGCAGUAAAGGAGGUCUUGCUAUAUGCGGAGCAUAGACAAUGUGUUCGCCAUAUAUACGCAAACUUUAAGAAGUCAUAUAAAGGAGAAGAGUACAAAGAUUUGUUUUGGGCUGCUGCUGGUUGCACUGUCGAACCUGAAUUCAUAUCUGUGAUGGAGAGAUUGAAGGCUAUAGAUGUGGGUGCAUAUGAAUACUUAAUGUCCCAUAACCCGAGCUCAUGGAGUCGUGCUUACUUUUGUCAAGAAUUUCUAUCGUUGACGGAAGGAUCGAUUGUGAUGCUUUCUCUGGCAGAUUCCCUCUUUCCAUUCCCGACUCCCAUUUCUCGCCUCUUUCUUAACCACCGCUUUUGGUGGGAUUCCGACGCCGUUUCGAUCUGCCAAUCGCCGCCGGGACAGAGAAAGCGAUCUCUGAUAUAAUUUGAAUCUAGCAAGAAAAAUUGAUCAAUAUCACUGAGCUUUUCCAGAAAUUUUCGCAUUUGGGAAUUCGGAUCAUUUAAGAGAUAUCUGAAGAAACCGAUUAUUGAAAGUUUUUGUGGUAUUCUUGACAACCUGUUUAAGGUUUGUGGAAGUUGAUGAUGACUACAUUCAAGAUGAUUUCAACCUC